GAGCUCGAACCACAUUGGAUCUCAUCUUUUGUCCAUAAACAACAGCAAGACUCAAACCAAAUCCCCCACGCUUACCAUACAUGCACGUUUAGAAGCAUCAAAGAAGCAAUAAAUCACAAAAGAAGGAACCAAACCCAGCUCCUAUAUAUACACAAACCAGCUUCUUAGUCCUCUGUUCCUUCUCAGAACAGAGCACUUCCAUUUCUGCAACGAGAACAACAAAAGACGUUUUUUUUCCUUCCGUCUUCUCAAGAAAAGGAGCUGCUUUUCUCGGGAGCUCGCUGCGAGGAAGGUUGCUUGCUUGCUUCAGGGAAAUCGCUUCGAAAGCUCAAGAACUGCGACACUUGGGUUUUGAGCCUGUUUCGCGUUCGGUUUGUGGGUAGAUUUUCUGAUUCUUCCGGUCGAGGGGAAGGCUGGUUUUGAAGUUGAAUGGGGCUCGACUGACGGAGGAACGAGGCGUUGGAGUGAGCGAAGCAGGGAUGGUUUCGGUGGUGAAGACGAAGCUCAAGAGUCUGUGCUGCGACAACGGCUGGUCAUACGGUGUCUUCUGGCGUUUCGAUCAUAGAAACCCCAUGUUGUUGACUGUGGAAGAUGCUUAUUUUGAUGAACAAUUGGAGACGGUGGUGAACGAUGUGCUCCUACAGGUGCACCUGCUGGGUGAGGGGAUUAUUGGCCAAGCCGCUUUCACGGGGAAGCAGCGAUGGAUAAUCAAAGAUGUGCAUGGUGAACAAUGCUGUAGUGUUGAUAACACAGGUGUCCAGGAUGAGUCUGAGAUGUAUCGCGAGUUUUUAGCUGGAAUUAAGACUAUUGGGGUAAUCCCUGUGGAACAGCUGGGAGUCGUACAAGUUGGAGCCAUGAAAAAGAUUCCAGAGAGUUCGGAAUUCUCAGAUAAAGUAAAGAAACUGUUUCGAGAGAGGGGAAAUAUUAAUGGCAGGCUUCACUUGGAAAAUAAUCCUUCAUCUCUGAACAAAGACGGCGAUGUUCUGAAUGGAUUGUUUGCUUCAUUACUCUUAUCUCGAAACUCCUACAACAGGAAUCUGGUAUCAGUGAACAGCGACGGUCACGCAGAUCUGACAGGAGAUGCCCCCUCUGCAGAAGAUCUGAUCCCAUUAUUGGGACAUACGUGGGACAAAUACUCCGGCGACUUGGUCUCUAUGCUUGGGGGAGUUUCCAAUUUUGACUACCAAAUGCAAAAGCCCGUCACGCAUCCCGACAUGCCUAUGGCUUCUCAUGAGCCUCAGCUUUUUCAACCAAUCUCUCUCAUGAAAAAUGCAUCUUCUGGAACUUGCACCAGUUCAUGGAGCGGUGGAGGUUCUGCUUUAACUUCGCUCGAGCCGUCAUUGCCACAGAAUUUUCCUCACGCGUACUCUACAAGUACGAGAAAGAACACGUUAACGUCCUUUAGCAGUUCAGUGAAGAGUUCCUGUGCAUCUUCCCCUAUCUCAACACCGUCAUCAUCAUGCGGCAAAGGACUGGUAGAGAGGAAAAAAAUGCGUGACAUCACGGGGAACUCUGUGAACAGCCGACAAUCUGCUCCAUACAUGCAAGACAUUUGCGGUGAACUUCCAAGGGUAUCAUCUGGCCAGAAAAGAUCUGCUGAAUAUUUUCAACAUGCUGAAGAUUGUUCUAAUUCAUGUCUUGCGGAUGAUCUUUCCCAAUGGUUUUCCGAUUUGCCAGAGCACGGCCCCUUUGGAAUGGCAAGCUCUUUGGAUAAGAGCCUUGCACAUUCCACGGCUCUUUCCUCCAUCUCAUCUGUCCUAGAUAGAGGUGAUUAUAAUUGCCAACCUCCGAUCAAUCAAGCAGUUGGCUCUCCGUGGAAUUCUGUUUUUGAUUCCUUCACGAUGGAAGAGGAGACGAUCAAUAUUCAAAAUCUUGAAAGAGAAGUGUUUGACGAAUUUGGAGCAACUGCCGGAUGCAAACUCGAGCCUGUUUAUUAUGAAGAUGGUGGCCCCUGGAAAGGUCUAUUCUCUGAAUUAGGAUUAGAAGAGUUCUUUGAAGGUAACCAAAAUUCAGGGAUGAAAUCAGGUUUUCUGGAAUCACCUCCCUUUGCUCAAAGAAAGGCUGUUGAGCAACCGUACUAUGAUUCCAAGCAGUUUCAGUCGUCGAAUCUUUCUUGCUCUGGGAGUAUGAAGACCUCUACGAGUCCCGUACACUAUUUAUGCAAGGAAAAAGAUGUUGUUCACAGGGGGGUGGUUUUCCCUAAGUCGCAGGUCGGCUUAUGGAUUGAUGAUAGCUAUAGCAUCAACACAAGAGGUGCGACUGUCAUGCCACCAAAGAGGACAGAAGAACCCAUGAAAGCCCCCAGGAAAAGGGCUAGACCCGGCGAAAGUACAAGGCCAAGACCGAAAGACCGUCAACAGAUCCAAGACCGCCUCAAAGAGUUGCGGGGGAUCAUCCCUAAUGGGGCAAAGUGUAGCAUCGAUGCUUUGUUGGAUCGCACAAUCAAACACAUGCUCUUCUUGCAAAACAUGACGAAGUACGCCGAUAAGCUUAAGCGAGCUGAUGAGACAAAGCUAAUUGGCCAAGGUAACAAUUUGGUCCUCAAAAACGAAAGAGAUGGGAGGGAUGUAGGAGAUGGCAGCAGAGGCGGCACAACUUGGGCCUGCGAAGUCGGAGGUCAGGCAAUGGUGUGUCCUAUAGUAGUUGAAGACCUUGGCCCGCCAGGACAAAUGCUUAUAGAGAUGGUUUGUGACGAUCGAGGAUUAUUCCUUGAGAUAGCGGAUGUAAUCCGGGGCUUUGGCCUCGAUAUAUUGAAAGGAGAGAUGGGAGUUCGAGAGGGCAAGAUGUGGUCCCGCUUCAUUGUUGAGGCGAAUAGGCACGUGACAAGGAUGGAUGUGUUUUGGUCCCUUAUUCAGCUUGUCCAAGAAACAAAUAGCCACGGUAUCAAUUUUACUACACAGCCUACUGAUGCCGUGGAUAGCCAAUUCUUUUCGCGUAAUGACUACAAAGAGUCGCUCUUGCCACUUCCAAUCAGCUGAUGGGAACACUCCCAUGUCCAGGAUCGUUUCACAUCCAGAGAUAUUCUUGAAUGUCUUGAUCUUACAUAGUGAUAGACCACCCUCUAUUAAGAAAGUGACGUCAAAGUGCAGUUCAUCCCGCGUCUCCUGUAAACAAGCAAGACAGGCAGAAGACCGUCAUAUAUAUUUCGUGAGAACGAUCAAAGGCGCUGUGAUGCGUGA